AUGUGUACAGUUGGUGCUCGAAAAGAAACAUUAGAUCAAAUGUUACAUGCUCUUGAUGCAUCAUCAAUAGACAGUUUAACAAAAACAGCUGAAAAAAUUAUGCAUGUGUUUUCUAUUGCUGAUCAUGAUAAACAAAUUAAACUUAAAUUAGCUAAUCGUCUUUAUGCACAAAAAGCAUAUAAAAUUCAACCAGAUUAUUUAAGUCUUGUUCAAAAUUUUUUCAAAGCUGAUAUUAAACUUGAAGAUUUUGAAAAUGACAGUGCUCAUGCUGUUCAAACAAUAAAUGCAUGGGUUGAAGAACAAACUAAUAAAUUAAUUCAGAAUUUACUUUCAAAAAAUGAUGUUUCAUCUGAUACACGAUUAAUUAUUGUUAAUUGUAUUUAUUUUAAGGGUACAUGGAUGGAACAGUUUAAAGAAAGUUUAACAAAUCCAGAUGCUGAUUUUUAUGAAGCUAAUGGAAAUAUUUCAAAAAUAAAACUAAUGUAUCAAAAAGAAAAAUUUGCUUAUGCUGAAGAUAGCGACUUGCAUGUACAAAUUGCUCAUUUACCGUAUAAGAGUGAAAAUCAAGAAGUUCAAUUUGUUUUUACUAUAAUUUUACCUAAGCAAGGUGUUACAUUGGAUGAAGUUGAGCAAAAAUUAACAUCAAAACCAGACUUAAUGCAACAAGUAUUAAGUGAUAAAAAUACAACAAGAAAAGAACUUCUUUUAUAUUUACCAAAAUUUAAAAUGGAAGCAACAUUUGAAUUAAAUGAUGUUCUCAUAAAACUUGGAAUGGUGAAUGCAUUUAGUAAUAUCAAAGCAGAUUUUACUGGUAUUGUCUGUAAACAAGAUGAAAGAGAUGGUUCUGAAGCUGCUGCCGCUACAGCUGUUAUCAUGAAUGAUGCAUUAGUAUUACGUCGAAAAACUACUCCCACCGAAUUCAAAGCUGAUCGUCCAUUUUUAUUUUAUGUUCGAGAAAGCUCAGAAGCAGCAGCAGCUACUGCAGUUGUCAUGUUGGGUAGUUGUGCAGCAAUGUUUGAGAAAGAACAGCCUAUUGAAUUCAAAGCUGAUCGACCAUUUUUAUUUUUCAUUCGUGAAAGUCGACAAAAUAUUGUUUUAUUCAGUGGCAAAUUCCUUUCACCACCGAUGGCUUCAUGA